CUCCAGACGGGGGCAGCAGAGAGAGGAGCUUCUUGUUGAUGCUGGAGCUUCUUCUGCACCUCCGCGCGGAGCAGCGACUUCCUGUGAGACCCGACCCGGCUGCCAGGCUGCUUCUCCCGGCGGCUCGUGUCUCAGCUCACCGGGGGAGGAAGGAGCUGCCCCCGCGGACCUGUGGGUGCUGCGCGGCUCUGGAAGCCACCGGGGAACCCAGCACAACCGGCUGCGGCAGACGCGGUCAUACAUGUGGGCUGUUCACACCGGAGGACCCGGCUCCUGUUCCUGCUUCCCCGCCUCCCCGCGACCCCGGGGCGGCCGCACAUAGCGUCAGUGGAGCGGGGCUGAUGGCCCUGGUGCUCGGCCCGGCCUUCAUCAUCAUCCCCCGCCUGUGCCGCUGCUAGGGAGCUACGAGCGGCCGUUUCCGUUAGCCGGGGCGUCGAAGGGCAGAGCGGGUCCGGGCGGAGGAGGAGCCCGGGUGUGGGCGCAGCAUCGCCCCGGUGCAUGGUGCCGCGGAGCCGCAGGGAGUGGAUGAGCCGCCGGAGCUGACCCGGAGAUGGCGGUCCUCAAACUGGCCGAGCAGCCGCCUCUCAUCCAGGCGAUCUUCAGUGGAGACCCUGAGGAAAUCCGUAUGCUCAUAUACAAGUCUGAAGACAUCAAUGCUCUGGAUGCAGAGAAGCGCACGCCGCUCCACGCAGCGGCGUUCCUGGGCGAUGCCGAGAUCACCGAGCUCCUCAUCCUCUCUGGAGCACGGGUCAACGCCAAAGAUAACAUGUGGCUCACCCCUCUCCAUCGUGCUGUGGCAUCCCGGAGCGAAGAGGCCGUACGAGUUCUGAUCCGUCACUCGGCCGACGUAAACGCUCGGGACAAGAACUGGCAGACGCCGCUUCACGUCGCCGCCGCCAACAACGCGCUGCGGUGCGCCGAGGUCAUCAUCCCGCUGCUGAGUAGCGUCAACGUGUCGGACCGCGGUGGACGCACCGCCCUGCACCACGCUGCCCUCAAUGGCCACACUGAGAUGGUGAACCUCCUCCUCGCGAAAGGAGCCAACAUCAACGCCUUCGAUAAGAAAGACGGCCGAGCGCUGCACUGGGCAGCUUUCAUGGGCCAUCUGGAUGUGGUGUGUCUGCUGGUGAGUCAGGGGGCAGAGAUCAGCUGUAAGGACAAACGGGGAUACACCCCCCUCCACACGGCGGCGUCCAGCGGACAGAUCGCUGUGGUCAAACACCUGCUGAACCUGGCUGUGGAGAUAGACGAGUCCAACGCCUUCGGGAACACCGCGCUCCACGUGGCCUGUUUCAACGGUCAGGACGCCGUCGUGAGCGAGCUCAUCGACUACGGCGCCAACGUCAGCCAGCCCAACAACAAGGGCUUCACCCCGCUGCACUUUGCCGCCGCCUCCACGCACGGGGCGCUCUGCCUGGAGUUCCUGGUCAACAACGGGGCUGACGUCAACGUCCAGAGUCGCGAUGGGAAGAGUCCUCUUCACAUGACGGCGGUUCACGGACGCUUCACUCGCUCUCAGACCCUGAUCCAGAACGGUGGGGAGAUCGACAGCGUGGACAAGGACGGAAACACCCCUCUUCACAUCGCCGCCCGCUUCGGCCACGAGCUCCUCAUCAACACGCUCAUCACCAGCGGAGCAGACUGCACCAGGCGAGGAGUCCACGGGAUGUUUCCUCUGCACCUGGCUGCCAUGAACGCUCACUCCGACUGCUGCCGCAAGCUGCUGUCCUCAGGUCGGAGGUUUAGCAUAAUGUGUAACGACUCGGUCCUCUCUGCAGGCUUCCAGAUCGACACCCCCGACACGCUGGGGAGGACCUGCCUGCACGCUGCGGCCGCCGGAGGUAACGUGGAGUGUGUGAAGUUGCUCCUGAGCAGUGGAGGAGAUCACAACAGGAGAGACACAUGUGGCAGGACUCCUCUUCACUACGCCGCCGCCAGUCGUCACUACCAGUGUCUGGAGACGCUGGUGGCUUGUGGCACCGCCAUUAACGUCACCGACCAGUGGGGGCGCUCUGCCCUGCACUACGCUGCGGCCUCGGACCUGGACAGGAGGCGUCGUGUGAAUCUGGAGCCGGAGAGUGACGGGGUUCAGGCGGAGAGAGAGAAAGAGGCCGGACUAUGUUUGGAGUUCCUGCUGCAGAGCGGAGCGACGGCCUCGCUCAGAGACAAGCAGGGCUACAGCUCGGUCCACUACGCCGCCGCCUACGGACACAGGCACUGUCUGGAACUGCUGCUGGACAGAGACGACAGUCGCCAUGACGACCCUGAAUCUCCGAGCGCCAGGAGCCCGCUGCACCUCGCUUCGUACCACGGCCACGCUCAGGCUCUGGAGGUGCUGCUGCAGGGGGAGCGGGAGGUGGACCAGGGGGACGAGGUGGGGAGGACCCCCCUGGCCCUGGCCGCCCUCCGGGGCCACACUGACUGCGUUCACACCCUCCUCAGCCAGGGGGCGUCGCCGCGCACCACAGACACGCAGCACGGACGCACCCCCGUCCACCUGGCAGUGAUGAACGGUCAUACGACGUGUGUGCGCCUCCUGCUGGACGAAUCCGACUGUGCAGAGCUUGUGGAUGCUGCCGACUCUCAGGGACAGACUCCUCUGAUGCUGGCGGUGGCCGGAGGUCACGUAGACGCCAUGUCGCUGCUGCUGGAGAGGGAAGCGAGCGUCAACAUGGCGGACAACCACGGCCUCACUGCUCUGCACCUCGGGCUGCUGUGUGGCCAGGAGGAGUGUAUCCAGUGUCUGUUGGAGCAGGAAGCCUCCGUUCUACUCGGCGACUCUCGGGGUCGCACGCCCAUCCACCUCGCCGCGUCCCGGGGACACGCCUCCUGGCUGAGCGAGCUGCUGAGCAUCGCCUGCUCCGAGCCGCCGUCCCUGCCGCCGCUGAGAGACCACAGCGGAUACACGCCGCUGCACUGGGCCUGUUACUACGGUCAGGAGGGGUGUGUCGAGGUCCUGCUGGAGCAGAAAGGUUGUCGCUGUAUCGAUGGAAACCCCUUCACGCCGCUGCACUGCGCUGUGGUGAACGACCACGAGCCGUGUGCGUCUCUGCUGCUGGAGGCCAUGGGGUCAGACAUCGCCGGCUGCAAGGACGCCAAGGACAGGACUCCUCUUCACGCCGCAGCCUUCACGGGUCACGUGGACUGUGUCCAGCUGCUGCUCUCACACGAUGUGACCGUCGAUGAUGUGGACCAAUCAGGUCGCACGCCACUGAUGAUGGCGGCUGAGAAGGGCAAAGUCGGGGUCCUCGAUGUGCUGUUGACCGGCGCCAGCGCCAAAAUCAGUGCCACGGACAAAGAUGGCAACACGGCCCUGCACCUAUCCUGCAGUAAUGGGAAGGAAGACUGUGUGAUGUUGAUCCUGGAGAAACUGACGGACACUUCGCUCAUUAACGCCACGAACGCAGCGCUGCAGACUCCUCUCCACCUGGCGGCGCGCAGCGGCCUGAAGCAGGCGGUGCAGGAGCUUCUGUCCCGAGGAGCCAACGUUCAGACGGUGGAUGAGAACGGUCUGACCCCCGCUCUGGCUUGCGCUCCGAGCAGAGAGGUGGCUGAUUGCCUGGCUCUCAUUCUGGCUACCAUGAUGCCUUUCUGCUCCCCUUGCAGCUCCGGGGCCCCGUCCCCAGGCGCCCUGCUGAGGCACCUGCCCCACCCGGCAGGAAAAGGCCCCGGCCCGGGCCCCGGCCCUCGGGCCCCUCGGAGCCCCAGGAACCCCUCCAGACCCUCCAGUGAGGGAACCACAGAGAACGACUCGGAGGACUCGGAAACCUUCUGACCCUCCGGACCGACUCGACCCUCCGACCUCCACCUGACCGUUCUUACCCCCGAUGGCGACGCUUCGUGUGGAGACUUGGUGGUGACGCAGAGAAGACACGGAGCAACAUGUCCAAUAUUAAACCAAGAAAUAAUCACAUGAAUAACUGAGAGAAAACAUACAACUUAAUAAUUUGGAAAGUAUUUCAACUCGACUUAAUUAAAAUAACUUCAAAUUAUUUCAUAACGUCACAGGGCGCCGAACGGAAACUGGAAUUUCCAGGAUUUGUAUCAUUUUUAAUAAAAACUCAAAAUCCCACUGACGUCUAUAACAACUCUAAUAACUACAAAUUAUAAAAACAUUAUGUUGUGUCGCUCACUUCAUGUUUUAAUAAUGAUGCUAGUUUUUAAAAACAAUUCAAUAUUUAUGUUUAAUCAACAUUAAAUUGCCCCAGAUCUUUAAUCAUUUAAAUAUUAUUACUGAUGCAUCAAUGAAAAAUAAUCAAAACUUAAUAAUUUGAAUCAUUUGGAGUUAAUUCAUGUGAUUAUUUCUCGUAUUGAUUUAAUAUUGAAAGUUUGAGACAAACGUCAGCGUCUGACUCUUCUGCUCUUUCUACGGGAACAUGUACAGAAUCUUCUUCAGGUCGGAGGAACGACCACAUCAUUUUUUUUAUUUGUGCCCUUUUUCCAAAAAAGACAAAUUUAUAUUGAACAAAAAAAAAAGCAGAUGGGAGCGGAGUGAGGAGCGAGCGGCUCCGGCUGAAGAGGACUGGGAUCUGGACUCUGGUCCUGCAUGUUCCACCAACACGCUUCGUUCCUUCUCCUCACGGGUGCUUAAAUCCAAACCGACCUCGGUACUCAGUCUCUGAUUGGCUCAGAGCCGCAGAGACUCGUUUUGUCUUAAAAAAAAAAAAAGAAAAAGUCAAGAAAAAAAAGCCAUUUUUAAACUGUUUGUACAAAAUGAAGUAGAUCGUUAGGAACGUUCAAUGUAACUUUAACCUUUUUAUGAGUUCAGCUCGUCGUUGCACCAAAUAUUUGACUUCCACUCGCGAGAAGGUUCGUGAGCAGCAGAGCUCGAUUUUAACUCUUUUAACAACUGAAGCACAAAGUGGGAUUUUACUGUGUGACUGUGACGAGCUGAGGCUGGAAGGAGACGUUCACCGCUUCAGGGAAGAGGAAAACAUCCCAGUUCCUUCACGUCUUCUCCACACGUCUGUGACUUCGGACUGAAAAGAUCUCGACUGUCACGAAGGGUUGAGACGCUGAGACGCUCGAGGUCCACGGAGGAUGAACCUGGGUCGAUCCGCUUAAACUAAACUUCCAUUUCACUCUCAUCUUCAUUACAGUCCAUGAGAUUUACAAUCAAAACCAAUGAAAUUCAUAUCAACAGAAAUGAAUUAGCUGCUCUGUUGAUAACUGAUGAAUCGUUUCAGUCGUUUUUCAAACAUUUUCAGUUUCCAGAUUCAGUAUUCAAUGUUUUUAUUUGAUCUUGAGCUUCGGAACAAACGUCAAAUUUAAAUAAAUCUUAAAAAACAUGAGCUCGGACUGUGGGAAACAAUACGAGACCAAAUUACAAGUGGUGCUUAGUUUUAAAUUCAUGCUAAUUUGUUAUCGACCUUUGUGUCACGCACGUGAACGAUGCUACAGAGUGAAACUUCUGGUAAAUGUCUCCCUCUCUGUUUGACGUAGAAAUGACAGGGAGGCAGAUUUUGGCCUGACUGCGAAUCCUCGACUUGUUUCCUCGUCCACGACGACGCUCUGGAUCAUUUUGUUUAUCAUGGGUGAGAAACGAUGUCACGAGGGAACUGGGAUGUUUCCCCUCUGAUGAACACAGGGUUCGUGCAGACGUGACGGACAGACGAGUUUAUGCAUUUUAUCCUGUGGCCUGAAAAAGGCCUCGUGCACUGUCCCGACCCCAUGUUUGUUUCCUGACCCGUCGUGCACACGUCUGUCCAGCAGGGGAGCCGGCGCCCGGGCAGCGUGAACUGUCCCCCCCCCCAACACAAAACCCAGAUCGUUCACGAGACCAAACUCAAGUUCAUUGUUGUUAUUUAUGAUCAAAUCAAACAUGAUGGUACAAAUGCUGCCAGCACUUAAAUGUAGAAUAACACAGGGCCUUGACCCCCCACCCCCCCGUCUGUCCACCAGCUACGUGCCAUCGUCUCCAACGUGUCCAGUGCCUUGAUGUCCAUCACGGUUUCUUUUACCACGUGUGUUAGUCGAUUCUCACGUUCACCAAAAGUACAAAAUAAUGAAUUGAGGAAAAAUACGAAAAGAUAAGAUGAGAAAUAAAUGUGUUUUCAGUUCGUUCUCCGGAGUCGAGACGACGACGUUCAGACGAAGUGAUGUUUAGGUUUUCCAUUUUUUUUAUUCGAGUGAAUCCUGAAAAUAACGAAUCUUUGGUGGAAACCUGAAAACCUGAACUCGCUGCCACUCGAGAUCAUUUUAUUUUGUAGUUUUGGUGAAACAGUUUUUCAUAAUCCGAGCGGUGCUGAUUGAGGAGUUUGUCCUUUAAUGCUGAUGCUUUUCUGAAUUUAUCUUAAUCUCAACAAAUCAAAACAGACGUCACAAACCGAUUUGUUCUCUAAUGACAGAAAUCUUAAAACCUCACAAAAUUGUAAUUUAACUUUUUAAAGGCAUAAAACAUUCCCCACGCAGAUGGGACUUGUAGUUUUUAAGCAGACCUUAUGGUUUGUUUUGAGCUGCAGAUUAAUACACAUGAGAGAUUUGAAGGAUUUGUUGACUAUAAGAAAAACAGGAAACCUUUCCAGCCUCAUUCUUUUCAGUUGGUCGAGUGCGUUUGUGUUAAUUUAGGUACUGAUAUGAAAUUAAAACCUUUUGUACAUAAUGUCGACGUAAAGCUUUGUAUGAAAAACACGAGCACAGAGUGACGUCUCCAUCCUGAGCGGCUGAAUACGAACAGUGUUUUUUUUUAAUUUGAGUUAUUAAACGAUGUGUGUGUGUGAAUAUUAACUGAGUUUAUUUUGAAGUGGCUGCAGUGAAACGACUCUUUGACGUCUGAUGGACACAUGUUAAGAAGCACAGUGUUUUUCUGCUCCACUGUCCCUGCUGAGACUGAAUCUGUCUGCCAGUAUUAUUAUUAAUUAUUAAUUAUUAAUGAGCUUCACCAGUCCUGACAAUCGUCACGUCUCUGAUGAGUUUCUUUCCAGUUCCUGAUGCAGUACGACAUGUUGAGGGCUGUUGGUCAGCGACACUUUGUUUUAUAUAAACUGGUCGAUUAUACAAA